AUGUCGGCUCAAAAAAAUGUGGUGGUGCGUGAAAAGAUUGAUAAAAUGUCGUCGGAGGUGGUCGAUACAAACCCUUACAGUCGUUUGAUGGCGUUAAAACGCAUGGGAAUUGUGGACAACUACGAGAACAUAAGAAAUUACACUGUUGCAGUAGUCGGUGUUGGGGGUGUGGGCAGUGUAACAGCUGAAAUGCUAACCAGGUGUGGUAUUGGACGACUAAUUUUAUUUGACUACGACAAAGUUGAAUUAGCAAACAUGAACAGAUUAUUCUUUCAACCUCAUCAAUCAGGCCUUAGCAAGGUUGAAGCUGCAGCUGAAACUUUAAAACACAUUAAUCCUGAUGUUGAUAUUAUGACUUACAACAUGAAUAUCACAACAGUGGAUAAUUUCGAGUUGUUCACGAAGAUUUUAACUACAAGCAAUUUAAGCAAUGGUCCAGUGGAUUUAGUAUUAAGCUGUGUAGACAACUUUGAGGCUCGUUUUGCUAUUAACUCAGCUUGCAAUGAGUUCAAUUUAAGCUGGUUUGAGUCAGGUGUCUCAGAAAAUGCUGUGUCUGGGCAUAUACAGUUUAUUAUACCUGGGGAAACAGCCUGUUUUGCUUGUGCCCCUCCUCUGAUUGUAGCCUCAAACAUCGACGAAAAAACAUUGAAACGUGACGGUGUUUGCGCGGCAAGUCUUCCAACCACCAUGGGUAUUAUAGCAGGAUUUUUGGUUCAAAAUACAUUGAAACAUUUGCUGCAAUUCGGACAGGUUACGAAUUAUUUGGGAUAUAGCGCCUUAACCGAUUUUUUUCCGACAAUGUCGCUAAAACCCAACCCUAGCUGUGAUGAUAAUCAGUGCAGGUUGAGACAAAAAGAAUAUGCUGCCAAACCAAAGCCGGAAGUGGCUGUAGAAGCAAAGGAGGAGGAUCAACCUUUCCAUGAGGAUAACGAAUGGGGUAUCAGCUUAGUAGAUGAGAGUGUGGAGGUUAAAGAUAAUAAGAUUAAUGUGGCUGAAGGUGUAACCUUGGCGUAUACAGUUCCAAAACAGGAAAGUGUCGAAGAGUGUGAAGAAGCUACAUCAUCAAAUAAAGAGAUCAGUUUGGAUGAACUUAUGGCUCAAAUGAAACAAAUUUAA